AUGUUUACCUUCUACGGCCUGGCACUGUGGUUGCUGUUGUUACGGAGAGAGUUCUCAUCGAGCUCGGCCAUGGGGUUGCGCCUGUACGGAGACUGCUCGUUCUUCCUGGACGAGCUCCGGCUGAGCACCGGCGUCAGCCCCGCCGCACCAGCAUUCUCAUUCCCGGACGCGGCCAUCCUUGCGGGAGAGCUCGAUCUCGGCGAUGUGCACCUCUUCCACGACGCGGCCACGGCCGACGACGUGCGCGCCUUCUCCCUCGCGGGCACGGACACCAUCUUCUCGGGCUGCUGCUGCCUCGCGCGGUCACCGCCGCCGGAGCCCGCCGUGGCCACAGAAGUCGCAGCGCCAUCCGCGCGUCUCCCGGGGGACCGGCUGGCCCUCCGGCUCUCGCUCCCGGUACCGCUCCUCUCCCGACUGCCCGAUCGCUUCCGCUGCGGCGAGCCCCAGUGUGGCGACGGCCUGGACAUACUGCGUGUGUAA